AUGAGUUUCUCAGGCAUUAUGAGCCGCCUGCAGGGGCAACCGGAAAGCUACGACAAGAAGGCUAAAUACAAAUUCGGCCGAACCCUUGGUGCUGGCACUUACGGCGUGGUGCGCGAGGCUGAGGGCCCGACUGGCAAGGUCGCCGUCAAGAUCAUCUUGAAGAAGAAUGUAAAGGGCAACGAGAGGAUGGUCUAUGACGAGCUUCAGAUGCUCCAGAGAUUGAAGCACCCGCAUAUUGUCAAGUUUGUCGAUUGGUUUGAGUCUAGGGACAAGUUCUAUAUUGUUACCGAGCUCGCCACCGGCGGAGAGCUCUUCGAGAGAAUUUGCGAACAAGGGAAGUUUACCGAAAAGGAUGCUUCCCAAACGAUUAAGCAGGUCCUUCACGCCGUCGACUACCUCCACAAGAACGAGGUUGUCCACAGAGAUCUCAAGCCCGAGAAUCUGCUCUACGUGACUCGAGACCCCGAUUCUGAAGUCGUCCUGGCCGAUUUUGGUAUCGCUAAGACGCUGGACAAAAAGGAGGAAUCUCUCCAAACAAUGGCUGGAUCAUUUGGAUAUGCUGCCCCCGAGAUCAUGGACCGCAAGGGCCACGGAAAACCUGCGGACAUGUGGUCCAUGGGCGUCAUCACUUAUACCCUUCUCUGCGGCUACUCUCCUUUCCGAAGUGAGAACCUCCGAGACUUGCUCGAGGAGUGUACCACUGGCUCGGUUGUAUUCCACGAGAGAUACUGGAAGGACGUCAGCAAUGAUGCCAAAGAUUUCAUCAUGCAUCUUAUCCUCCCCGAUCCAGACAAACGCUGGACCAGUGAGGAAGCCUUGGGUCACAUUUGGCUCAGCGGCAAGACCGCUACCGACCACGACUUGCUGCCCGAGAUCCGCCGUGCUCGUGAAGCACGUGCGAAGCUCAAGCACGCCAUUUUGGCAGUUAGUCUGAAGAAGAGAAUCGCGGCUCUCAAGGCAGAUGAGUCUGACUCAGAUGAGAUGGGUGAUGCUGAGGAGAGUAUUCCUUCUGUUGGUGGUGAGAAGAAGCUGAAUGUGCUCAGAGAGAAGGUCAAGGAUGGCGCCGUGUUCCGCGAGGUGGUUCUGGGCGCAGUUCGAGACAAGAGAGCAAAGGAAGAGGCAGCCGCAGCCGAGGAGCAAGAGCUGGAGGAGGCAAGGAAACGCAGCCAGAGCCAGAGCCAUCAGUGA